AUGGUAGCAACUCCAAUUGGCAUAGGCAUUGAUCUUGGAUCUUCAAGUGUUCGAGUCGGUAUUUAUAGUUUGCACGACGAUUCGCUACUAGGAGUGUUUUCUAAGCCAGUUCCGUAUUACUAUGAGUCCAACCGUACUUCACUGUGGGAAUACACGCAAGAUUCGGCAGAAAUCUUAACAGCUAUCAAAGAAUGCUUCGAUAUGGCUGAUCUUCAAAAGUAUGAUGUGAAGUCAUGUGGGGUGGCGGCAACUUGUUCUUUGGUUUUGUGUGAGAGAAGUGGCGAUGAUACAUUCCAACACUGCGAAGGUGAUUCCAGAAACGUGGUAUUUUGGAUGGAUUCAAUGGCCAAAGAGGAGACAAAUUCUCUGAACGCCAGGUGUCCACAAGACAUACUUGGUCAUAUGGGCGGUGGAUUUAUCCCUGAAAUGGGUAUUCCCAAGUUAUCAAGAUUCCUUAAAUCCAUAUCUGACGAACCGAAGGGGAACAUUCAAUGGGAGGUGUUUGAUCUGCACAAAUAUGUAGCUUACAAACUGGCCCAGGAAUAUUGUUGGAACACCGAAAGGCUAUCAAACCACCCAAACUCCAACGGAAUUGGGCAUGAUGGGGAAUUGGCUGGCUGGUCAAAAUCAUUCUAUGAUAAAAUCGUAAGAUUGCCUCCCAAUGUCACAAUAGGAUGUCCAAAAACGAUUGAAAACGAAGAUUCAUUGGUGAUUGUGGAUAGCUGUAUUGAUUGCUAUUCCAGUUGGUUCUCGCCAUUACAGUCAUUGAACAAGAAUACUCUGUUUUUAGUUGCAGGUACUUCUACGUGUUAUAUUUAUUCUCCUGGAACGAUGAAAACAGAAACGUCAGUAAAGGGAAUUUGGGGUCCCUUCACAGAUAUACUGGGAGCUAACAAAGUCGUAUACGAAUCAGGCUCUUCUUGUUCUGGUAAGUUAAUUGAACACUUAUUUACCUCUCAUCCUUCUGCAAUUUCCUUGAACUUAAGCACAGGUCAACUGAUAUCAAAAUUAGAAGAGGAAAUAAAUAUCUGGGAAACACAAAAUGCAACCUCUAUUCAUUUUGAAGCUUGCAAUAAUUUUUUAUAUGGAGACCUUGAUGGUAAUAGAACACCGUUUGGAGACCCAUACAUGAGAGGGAUGUUUAUCGGAGAAUCCCCAGACACGUCAUUUCGGGAUUUACUGGUAAAGUAUGUGUGUAUUUUGGAAUGUUUGGCCUUCCAAACGAAAUUAAUGGUGGAUAAUUUCGAGAAACUCAACUCGAUAAAUGAAUUGUUCAUCUGUGGAAGUCAAGCUAAAAAUACGCGCCUGUUGAAAUUAAUCUCCUUGAUAAACGAUAACGCCCUUAUAUUAGUUCCGAAAGAAAAGGAGGAUCUAAUGGGAGUGGAGGGUGCUUAUCUGUUAGGUAAAGCAGGUUACCUGGGAACCUCUGUUGAUUUAGUUCCCGUGUCAGAACCAAGAGAAUACAUCUCCGUGAAAUACACAAACGACUCUGAUAAAAUCCAACAAACUAAACUUUAUAAGCUCCUAUUAACAAAAUAUAUUAUUCACCUUGAAAUGGCAGAACAACAACAGAGGUUUAGAAAAAUGGUCAGUAAAGCCUUGGUGUGA